AUGCCUGUUGACUAUAGUAAAUGGGAUGCGUUAGAGCUCAGCGAUGAUUCCGAUAUCGAAGUUCAUCCCAAUGUCGACAAGCGGUCCUUUAUCCGCGCGAAGCAGAACCAGAUCCACAUGGAACGCGAGCAGCGCAAGAACCAUAUCCUGACUUUGAAAUUUGAACGCUCAGUCAACGAUGGCCUGCUCAAGCGAAUCUCGGGUCUUCUUGCUGCCCUCAAGUCCCACGCGUCCGAUGCCCCGGCCUCAUCGUCCACCUCGCCUGUGGAGCCUGAGAAGAGGUACGAAGCCAUGGUCGAGGAAGUGGGCGUCCAUCUCAAGCGCGUCGAGGACUUGCAAAAGGAGCUGCAGGUGAAGCUGGACGAACUGGAGGGGGAGGAAAAGAAGAAGAUUACGAGUGAAAACUACCACACCGGCUUCGACAGCUCUCACGUGAAUAAAUCUGCCAGCCCGGCCUCGGAUUCGAAACCCAAGGAGAAGCAGGCCCAGCCGGAACUCUUGAACCCCGAGUACGAACGGAAGCUCGCGGCGCAGCAGGACCAGCCGGCGCUACCGGCUCAGACGAGCGGGGCAAUGAUGACGACGAUUUCCUACGAGUUUAUUACGGCGCAUCCACACAUCCUGGCGGAGAAGGAAUCCGACGGGCUACUCGUGGAGGCCUUUGACGCCAGCUUGGAAAACAAAGAAGACUUUGCGCGCCAGUGCGUCCACCAGGCCUUGCUUCUACAAUACUGCCGCGCCCUCGGCAAGGACGGCGUACCUCUCUUCUUCAAGCGCAUCAGCCAGAAGAGCAACGCGCACGAAAUGUUCUUCAAGGACGUGCAGGAUACCUAUGCCAAGAUCCGGACCCGUAGCCGCCAGAUCGCCGCCGAGCGGGCUGCCGAAGGCGCGAGCGGCGGAGUAGAGCAGAUCCAACUUCACGCUGUGGAGCCGGGCACUACGAUCAACAUUACGGUACCGGAUCCGACCAGCGAGGAUGAGCAGGUCAAGCAGGCGAGGGCCAUCUUUGAGGGCUUUAAGCCAGAGCUCAGGAAAGCCCUCGAGUCGGGCAGCUUGGACGAGGUGAACAAGGUUCUGGGCGAUAUGAAGGUCGAGGAGGCAGAGGAGGUUGUGGGCCUCCUGGGAGAUGCCGGUUGUCUCAGUUUGGAGGAACAAAUCAUUGACGCGACAACUGAAGGAGGCCGGAAGCAGCUCGAGGAGAUGGAAAAAUUGGCUGGAGGGGCUGGGGAAACGGCACCGUCGGGUGAAAAGGAGCUCCACCCCGAUCCUGAGUAA